AUGGAUGCGAUUCUUUCAUUCAAUCCGACUGUCUCUAUCACAGCAGCUGCCGUCGCCAAUUCAUUGCGUCUUAUUCGGGCCACAGACAAGCUUCGUGCUCUUCUUCGUGGGUUGAAUGACAAACUCCCGUUAGAUGUCACCGGUGUGUUACCUGUUUCUUCCGCUUUCCGCGACACAGCUGUUUUUCCACCGGUGGUGUCUGUUCCUACUGCACCCGCCCGGGAUAACAGAAGUUACAUUCCGAACUUCUCGCGGCUGAACGGCCCUCAGUCCCCGGUCUUCCCACUGUAUGGUUAG